GUAAUUUUCAGAUUUAUGAGAUCAAGCAUAUUGCUGUGCAAUUUCCGUCCUUCACUCACGUCCUCACCGAAACCCUAGUUCUGCAAUGUUCUUCGUCUCCAGAUUUUAGGGUUUUUUUCCGAAUAUUCCUGUCAAUCCUCAGAAUCCUUCCACCAUGGACAAUAAUUUCGAGAAUUAUCAUCAUCAAUGGCGUCCAGGACCAGUUCCGCCAAACAUUUGCCCCGUUUGUACGGGCCCGCACUUCCCCUUCUGCCCGCCAUACCCUCCUCCGUCAGUUCCCCAAGAUCAUAAUUUUCGCCCUUAUCCUAAUUGCCCUCGUCCUGCGUUCGAUUCGUUCGCCGGACCACCGCAUAGUUAUCACCCAUUGGGCGAUCCGAGGCCGUGGCAGGUAAGCCACGGAGAUCACUGGAGGGCCGCUCCUGAUUAUCAUACCGUCGGCGAUGCUUGUCGUGAAUCUGAUCGUAGAUGCAAGAGAUCUAGGGUUGAUGAGAUCGGCGGUGGUUCUCCUGGUUUGGGCGUUUGUGCGAAUGAGAAUUAUCACAGUCCUAAUUCGGGGUCGGGGAGGAUCUACUUGGAGAACGAGCGGAGACUGAAGAUGAUACGGGAUCACGGUUGUGGCUUCGGCGGCGAUGGUUUAAGUAAGCCAGUGCCGCCGCCACCUGGUAUCCCGGAGAUUAACAGUAUUAAUAACUCGCCGCUUGCCGGUUCCGGUGAUCGGAGAAGGUUUUCGGCCGAGGAAAUGAAUCGAUAUGGCUUUAGGAAUGAAGGGCAUUACAACGGUCUGGCCCCGCCUCCGCCGGCAGUCACGUACGGUGGCUACUUCGGGCGGCCUAAUGGUCAGCCUCCUAUUCCAGUUGCUCCGCCGCCGCCACCAACUCAUCCGUCGUACCAUCCUUCUUUGUUUUCCGUCACCGGCAACUCGUCUGCAGUGAUUGAUACGCUGCCUUAUCCACAAGUACCAAAUGCUCUGCCAUCUUCUGCACAACCGGCCAUGGCGGUUCGAUCCAAUAAGCCUAAAGUGGUUGAUAUCUCCCAGUUGCUCAUGUCUCCUCAUCGAGCUAGUCGUCCAGAUCAUUUUGUAAUUAUCCUCCGUGGUCUACCAGGUAGCGGGAAGAGUUACUUAGCCAAGAUGUUGCGUGACAUUGAGGUGGAGAAUGGCGGUGCUGCUCCACGAAUCCAUUCUAUGGAUGAUUACUUCAUGACAGAAGUUGAGAAGGUUGAGAAUAAUGAUUCAACUUCUUCAAGCUCUGGUAGAAGUAAGAAACCUGUUGUGAAGAAGGUUAUGGAGUACUGCUACGAACCUGAGAUGGAAGAGGCUUAUCGUUCAAGCAUGCUGAAAGCUUUCAAGAGAACCCUUGAGGAAGGGGUUUUCACCUUUGUAAUUGUGGAUGACCGCAAUCUGCGGGUCGCUGAUUUUGCUCAGUAUUGGGCAACAGCAAAGAGAUCUGGUUAUGAAGCUUACAUACUGGAAGCAGCUUACAAAGACCCUGCAGGCUGUGCGGCAAGAAAUGUCCAUGGAUUUACAUCAGAUCAGAUACAGGAGAUGGCGGCGCAAUGGGAAGAAGCUCCAUCAUUGUACAUGCAACUGGAUAUCAAGUCCAUUUCACGUUGGGAUGACCUGAAGGAGAAUGGCAUUCAAGAGGUGGAUAUGGAUAUGGAAGAUGAUUUUGGACCACAAGAAAGAAAACCCGAUAACAGAGCUGGAAAAACUGGAGAGGAUGUUACAGAGGUUCCAGGCUCUUCCAAAAGUGAGAAUAGAUGGGAUGCUGAACCAGGCAUGUGUGCCGAAGAAGUGAAAGAACUAAGUAGAAGUAAGUGGUCAAACCUAGACGAAGACGAAACAGAGAAAUCUCAUGGCGUGAAGGGUAAUUCAAAUUCAAGGUCUGGAUCAAGCCAACGACAUUGUAGAAAAGGGGAAUCUGUUCGGUGGGGUGAUCAGGGUGGCGAUACCGGAUUUUCCAUUGGGGCUGCAAGGAACGCAAAUAUGCCUUCUUUGGUGAUAGGGCCUGGCGCAGGAUACAACUUGAAAUCGAACCCUUUAACUGAAGAAGAGAGCCGAGCAGUUGCCAAUAGCAUAAACAGGGCAAAGAUGCGGAGUGUUUUCCAGGAUCAACUCCGUGCAGAACGAGAGUCUUUCAAAGCAGUUUUCGACAGGAAGAGGCGUCCGGGGAUGAUUCAGACAGAGGAGUGAGUGGCGGCUGACUGUCAUUUGGACAACCUUCUCUUCUCUCUUAACAGUCCAAGCACAAAAGCAGAAGAGAACAUCAAAAUGUCACAUUGUCCAUUUCCCCAUAUUGUAGGAGAGGUUCGAGUAUAUGGGAGAUGAAAAUAUGUCCGUACGGCCGUUUUUAUCUUAUAUUCUAUUGAUGAAUCAAUUUUAGAAUCGCCUAUUCUUGUGAUGAGAUAUGUUCAUGUCAAAGAAACAGAGAGCUACCAAAGACUACUUUAGUGGAUAAUAAUGAUGCAAUUGUAUUUUUGUUUUGUCUUGUCAACUUGUAAUUCAGGCAUUUGUUCUCUUUA